CAAGGCUGAUUUCCUUGGCUUAGGCACCAUUGCAACUGUUACUUAGAAUACUUUUCUUCAGCUUGAGUCAAGGUAUCUGAGACCACUGAGGGCCAGUGUGGUACCUCUGAGACUGGGUCAUGGCCCCUAAUUUGCAGCAUGUUUUCCCAGCACUGCAGCUCUUUGGGGUCUUGGUUCUACUGCUAUGCCCUUCCUGCAUGUGCGACUGUGGCAUGUUUCCUAGCAUUGCCCAUGGAUCCUAUGAAGAUGUGAGCUCAUUUUUAUCCUUUACCACUGUGGUGCAGUAUAAAUGUGAUGACGGAUAUGCUCUGGUUGGGGAGGAAAAAAUCACCUGCAGAAGUUCACGUUGGUCAUCUCCAGCCCCUCAGUGUCAAGCUCUGUGUCUGAAACCAGAGAUAGAAGAUGGAACAGUGUCUGUGGACAAAGAUCAAUAUGUUGACUCUGAAAAUGUCACUGUCCAGUGUGACCCUGGCUACAGUGUGGUUGGCUCUCCAAAUAUCAUCUGCUCAGAGAACGGAACCUGGUAUCCAGACAUACCCAAGUGUGAGUGGGAAAUUCACACAGACUGUGAGCAAGUGCUCGAAGGCAGGAAGCUGAUGCAGUGUCUCCCAAGUCCAGAGGAUGUAAAAAUGGCCCUGGAGGUAUAUAAACUAUCUCUAGAGAUUGAAAGACUGGAGCUAGACUUGAAGUUGAGCACCAGUUAAAAAAUCAGUCCAUGUAUUUCCCCCCUCCUCCUCUUAAAAAUAGAGAAUUAAGCACUUUCUUUCAUUAGCAACUCUGCUUGUCCUUAACUGCUAUUAUUUACUGAGAAAAAAAAAUAACUGUGUUAGGAGGAUCUUUGAUAUUUUCGAUGCCACUUAUAAUGUGGAACUAUUGAUUUAUAUCCUAAGCUUCUGCUUCCCUGGAUUUGUUGGAAUGGCAGAAAUAAA